AUGACUGUUAGCCCGAACCGCUCGAUCGCCAUCAUCGGCGUGGGAUCGACCAUGUCCCGCUCGCUUGCCCUUUGGCUCGCAAGUGUGGGGUGGAACAUUGCCCUCGUGUCUCGCUCUGAGAAUAGCCUGUCUAAAAUCGCCGACGAAGUCAAAGCCGCCCAGACAAAUGCGGACGCCAAAGUGAUCUACCGUACCGCUGAUGCUGGCAACCCCGACAGCUUGACGAGCACACUGGACUGGUGUGCUCAGCAGCUUGGUGGUAAGCUGGAUGUCUUGAACUACAAUGCAGCUCGUGUCGCCCCCUCGCACAUCACUAAACUCACUCCGGAGGAGCUGAAUCUCGACCUCCAAGUCUCUGCAGUGGGCACCCUUGUCGCAGGCCAAUGGUUCACCCGCAACGCCAACACCGACAAUAUCUCCAAGGGUGAGUGGCCGCUCUUCUUGGUCACCGGUGGCACGCUCGACAGAGAGCCGCAGAUUGCCUGCUCUUCAUUGUGUGCUGCCAAGGCCGCUUCACAAAGUCUCAGCCGUCUCUUUGCCCAGGCGCUUCCGCAGGAGGCUCAGAUUGUGGUCGGCAUGCCACUGAUCCGCGCAAGCAUUGUUGACCCGGAAACUGGUGGCUACACCGAGGGCUACCAUCCCGAUACUAUCAUCCAUACGGUGUUCAAGCCAUUCUUUGAGGACCGCGAGAAGCUACAGGGUGGAGUGGACAACUGGACCGUGGAGCGUGUUAUUUAA